AGUCAGCGCUGGAGUACGUAGCUAUGUUCUAAGAUCUUCGUGUAAAAUCUCAAGUCUAUCCUGCUGUCUGAGGUAGAUAUCACAGCAAAGCGUACAGUUCUGCGCGCAUGCGCAGUCCAUGAAACGCAACCGGUGCAAGUGGACAGUGAACACAAUGGAACAUGUUAACAACUCUUCAGACUGUUCCGAGGAACUCGACUGCAAUAUGAACGACACUCAGAAAGGAGAGUUUGACACUGUUGUGAUACUGAGACUGUUUACAGCAGGUUUAAGUAUUUUAGGAGCUUUCUCGAUAGUUGGUUCAGCAAUAUGCAAGAAAACUGCAUGUAAUCCAAAGGUCCAUCCAAUAUUUGUUCUCUCCAUUGUGGAUGUUAUGUUAAGUCUCCUAUGGAUGAGUGGCUCUGUUCUGUGGCUGACAGGUGGGGCAGCAAAGCAGAAUAGCUCUCGAGUCGGCUGCUUUGCUAUCAGCCUUACAACAAUUAGUCUACAGUGUGUGGCAAUGAAUGUGACGCUUAUCUACGCUCUGUUGGCAUAUUUCAGUAUUAAACAAAGAGACUUCAGCAGUGUUUAUGUGAUGCAAUGGAGACCUGUCUCUGUCCACAUAUGGCACCCUGUCCGCUCAUUCAUUGCCUACUCCACUGCUUGGCUGCUACCAAUGACACUGAUUGUCAUUCCAUUUGGGGUGCUAUCUCAAAAGUACCAGCUGGUCCGCAAAGCUAACAUGUGUUCAUGCUGGUGUUUGCCCUUUUAUGGGAAUGUUCUUCCUCGACCACCAAUUGGCUACCAUAUUGGCAGUGGAGGGCAGUACUUGGACCAACUGCACUAUUUCAUAACAAGUUAUUCUGUACUACUUGCAGCAAACUAUUUGGUAGUAUUCUCCUGCAUGGUUGUAAUCUAUUACAAGGUGUUUCAUCGAAUCAAGAACAUGAUAUUGCAGCAAGAACAAUCUCCGUUGUUUCAAGCCGCUCAAGCUAUGAUUAUUGAACACCAGAAAGAUGCCAGGAAUAGAGUGUUUCUCUUCUUCUGCAUUUACAUCAUAACUGGAACUAUCACGUUUGUGAGUGGAAUAGCCAACAUAUGUAUUGUAAUACAUCCUGGAAAUCCAAGUUCGUCUCUUUCCAUGAAGCGAGCCUACAUAUUCCUUGUGUUGGAGGCACUAACUGUUCCUAUCCAAGGGUUUCUGAAUGCUCUGGCAUAUGGCUGGACACGUGGAGAUUUUCGGAGUGUCAUGUCAUUACGCCACCACAGCUCCCAGGCAGACUCAUCACAUGGAGUUCAGGAUUCCAGUCAGGCAGAAAAUGAGAAAGAAGAAGAAGUCACAGAGGUAGAGAUUUAUGGAGAGGAGUGGCAGGAAGUAAAUUUACACCGUAAGGGAAGUCUUUCAGUGCUUGUCUCUUGAAACAAGCAGCCAUGCUGGAACUUUUACAGUAAUGGGACAUAUUAUUAGAGUGUAGACUGAAUAGGAUUCUACUUUUCUUACAUGCAAUUGGCAAUGGCAUUGAGAUGAAAUCAGUGGCCUAUUUUGUCCCUUGUCUCCCCUGUCACACGUGUGCUUGCUAUUUUUUUUGCUCGCAUAACUACAUAACUGUAGCAACCCUUUUUCAGACUGAGGUGCAAAGGCCUGAAGAAGCUAAAUAAUCAGACACAUGCCUAUUACACAUCGACAACCAGGUCCCCAAAAAUAUUCAAGGAGAAGAAGCCAGGAAAUGAGGCUUCUUGCCUCUCCUUCUCCUCAUUUUCACAGGCAACAACAUAAUCCGUGACAGCACUUACGUGCUUACGUUUCUGAAUAUCAUUCCACAUCU